GAAUGGUUUGGUUGUGUUAUUGUCUGGGGAACAAACAGGAAUUAAUUAAGCGCCAGUUGAAAUUAACAGUUGGACCAAGACUGCUAGUCUGGGUGAGGAAGGUAAAGUGAAGGAGUAUUCGAGGGAGAUGAGUGCGGCGGGGUCAUUCGGAACUAUCACUGGGGAAAGGCGUCGCGUGGCUCAUCGACCCAAUGAAUCAGUGAAAGAUGUCAUUCGUGGGUUGGCCUUUAAGAAGCAAUCCGUUGCACAGAUGGUAAAUUUGCUUGCUUCAAGAACUGGCAAAAAGGACAAUCGAGCACAGCUUCAGCAUGGAUCAAAAGAAGUGAAGAAAACACGAUCAUUUUAUCGUAGCCGGCGUUUGAUGUCGUCAUCAGAGGAGGAAGAAUUAAUUGAAAAUGAGUCAAAUGAUGAGGACUUGAAAAUUUUGGAAACACCACAUACUGCCACCGGUUGGAGGAAGCAGAAUUCAGAUACAGAAGUGGAUGAGGAUAAAAAAGAGACAUCCAAAGCACCUUCGAGAAGUUUCCGAGCUAUACCGAAUAUCAUGCAAAAAGAUUUAACUUUUGAAGAAAGGCUUCAAACGUUGACAGAUAGCGAAUCAAGUGAUCAAAAAACUGAUGCAAAAGUGAAGUGGUUAUGCAAGCCACGAUUAAAUGGUUUUCUGAAACAAGAUGAUGUACAUAUAACCACUCAACCAACUGCCAGGAGAAAAGGACGGAAGAGGGCAGUCAUUUCUUCGUCCAGUGAUGAAAAAUCGGAAAGCAAUGAAGAAAGAGUUCCAGUAAGUUUAAAAAUGAUGGUGAAAAGAGCUAAGAAGCACAAGAAAUAUGUGAAUUCAAGCAGUGAAGAAAGUGACGAAUAUUACGAUUCGGAUAGUUCAGCACAAGUUGGCAGGAGCGACAGUAAUAGUGAAAAUGGUCAGGUUAUGGAGCGACGAAGUCGUCGAAAUACUCCUUCAUCGAUGGUUUUGAAAAAUUGUUGCGUGACAUUUUUUAAUGAAGCUAAUCGAAACAUGUUGAUGGGAACCCCACGCAUAAAUGAUAAAGUAGCUGAUUUUAUAAUGAGUAAUCGACCGUUUCGGGAUUAUGAAGAUUUGGAAUCCCGUCUUUUGCAAUGCCCACGUGGAUCUUGUGUUGCUGAGCAGUAUUUAGACUUUCUGGAAAAUCGAAGUAUACUUGAAAAUAUAUUGGAUGAUUGUCGUCGACAUUCGGAAGAAAUUUAUUCUGCUUUAGAAUCGAUUAAAUCCAAACAGUUGCAAAUGAAGCCAAAACUACUAAGUGAAGAGUGCGAGCUUCAUCCAUACCAGCAAAUUGGCCUGAAUUGGCUUGUGAUGAUGCAUAAACUAAAACUAAAUGCUAUUUUAGCUGAUGAAAUGGGUCUUGGAAAAACAAUUCAAGUAAUAGCUUUUAUAACUUACUUAAAAAGUGAGCAGAUCAAGGGACCUCACUUAAUUGUUGUGCCAUCUUCAACAAUUGAAAAUUGGCUUAGUGAAUUUUCAAAAUGGUCUCCCAAAGUCAAUCUCAUUACAUAUUAUGGUAGCAUUGCUGACCGAAGGCAGUUACGACAUAUGGCAACCGACAAAAACAUAGAUGUUUUUUUAACAACUUACAAUAUGGUUGGAUCUAAAGCAGAAGAUCGGAAAUUUUUCAAGCGUUUCCGGAUAAAUUAUGUUAUUUACGAUGAAGGUCAUCUAUUGAAGAAUUGUAAUACUGAUCGUUAUAGAAAUCUUAUGAAAAUCCAUGGUGAGAGAAAAAUUUUAAUUACUGGGACACCUCUUCAAAACAAUCUUGUUGAGCUAAUUUCACUAAUGUAUUUUACAAUGACGAAAUUGUUCACAAAAUAUUGUGAUGAUAUUGGACAACUUUUGCAACAGUUUCAACAGAAAAUACCCGCAUUGGAAGCCAAAAAUGGUGCAUUGUAUGAAGCUGAUAAGAUUGAACAAGCAAAAGCGAUCUUGAAGCCAUAUAUUUUGCGAAGAUUAAAAGCAGAUGUAUUGAGUUAUUUACCAAAGAAAAAGGAUCGUGUGAUCAAGUGUCCGAUGAUUACGGAACAGAAAGAGAUCUAUACAGAUUUGAUACGUGAAUUUCGUCUGUUAGAAUCAAAUGGUGAAAAAUACAUUUCAAGUCCAUUAAUGCAAUUGCGACAAGUGGCCAAUCAUCCCUUAUUGUACAGGCGAUUAUAUAAUGAUGAUAAAGUGAUUCAAAUUGCCAAAAUUUUGUGCGCAAAGGAAAAUGAAUAUCGCAAAAAGAAAUCGGAUCAUGUUGCGGAAGAUCUUGCUUUUUUGUCAGAUUUUGCAAUUAGUCAGUUGUGUUCAAAAUUUACUUCGACGCAGAAAUUCAUUCUCAAUGAAGAAGUCGCACUUGAAUCUGGAAAGUUCAAGGAAUUGGAUAAGCUGUUACCUUCAAUUAAAGAAAAGGGAGAUAAAGUGUUAAUAUUCAGUCAGUUUACAUCAGUAAUGGAUAUUCUUGAAGUUUACCUCAAAUUGCGCGAUCACCAAUAUUGUCGGCUGGAUGGCUCAACUCCAGUUAUGGAGAGGCAAGAUGUGAUCAAUGAAUAUAAUUCGUCACCUGAUUUGUUUGUCUUUCUGUUGUCUACAAAAGCUGGUGGUUUGGGUAUUAAUUUGACUGCAGCUAAUCAUAUCAUACUACAUGAUAUUGAUUUUAAUCCAUAUAAUGAUAAACAAGCGGAAGGAAGAUGUCACCGUAUGGGUCAAACGAAAGAUGUUUUUGUUGUGCGUUUAAUAUCUGCCGAUACAGUUGAGGAGGAGAUGCUAGCUCUUGCUCAAAAGAAGCUUGAACUUGAGAAAGAAGUGACAGGUACUAGCGCAGCGGAAAAUAGCGAAAUGGAAAAUUUGAUUGUUGAAAAGCUUCUCAAAAAGGCACUUGCGUUAUAACCUUAAUAUCUUCUGGUGCAUACAUUUCUAGUUCAAAUUAUUCAUGUCAAGACACCACUAAAGUGAUCAUUUGACCUAUGUGCAUGAUUCUCAAGAUGCUUAUUGAAUUAUGUUUGCAUAAUUGUUCAUUUGAAAUAAUGCUUCCUUUGCGAAUGUUUAAAAUUUAGUCUUUUUUCAAUUCAUCCGCAAAAAGACGUUUUCUGUUAUGUGGACAAAAACUGAUAAAAAUGUUUAUAAACG